CAUCAUGCGACUGCGCCAGAGCAACCCUCGACGCUCGUGAACAAACCCCAUUAGCCUUUGCUGUAAUGCGAAUAGCUAUAACUAGCUAGCCAUACCAUAGCCCCAACUGCGCAGGAGAACAUUGACAGCAACCAUUGCACCAACGAGUUACUUUUGAGAUCACAAACCGAAAGUGUUUCAGGGCCUGUAGGUCAGAUCCUGCCCAUGGCAACGUCAGAGAUGCAUGUGGAGGAGGUGGUAGUCGUGACAACCCCUGAUGGGGUAGGAGAGGCGGCCACCUCAGUGGAUGAUCUGAAAACCGUGCUGGUGGAUGUAGAUCUGACCCAUGCAGGGGAAGGAGAAGUCCUUGCAGAUGGGAGCAUGGAAUCAGAAACGGAAGCCAGUACAGAUGCACUGUCAAAGGAGGCAGUCAUAGUAAAAAUGUCAGAGGAGGUGGAUGUGGAGGCUGACAUCAUCUACCCCGUCACCUGUGGCGAUGUGAAGGCCACCCUGGUCUGGAAGAAGUUUGUUUGUCCUGGCAUCAACAUCAAAUGCGUUCAAUUCAAUGAGCACCUAAUCAGCCCCAAGGAGUUUGUCUCUCUGGCCGGGAAAUCCACGCUCAAGGACUGGAAAAGGGCCAUCCGCUUAAAUGGGACUAUGCUCAGGAAAAUCAUGGACUCAGGUGAGCUGGACUUCUACCAGCAUUCUAAGGUGUGCUCCAACACUUGCCGCAGUACCAAGAUCGACCUGGUGGGGACCCGAGUGUCCAUCAGCAGCCAACAAUCCACUGAAUUCAUCCCUGUCACUCCCUUCUCUACAGAUGUGAACGGCUCCCCUGCAGCCUUCCCAGCAGAAGCAGUAGAGGAGAGCACAGAGUGGGUAACUGCUAUAGGAGAGGACUCUGUCACCUUCUGGCGUGGGCUGAAGGAGGCCGGCCUUCUGGAAGAGGUGGUGGAGGACUUCCAGAAUGAGAUCCAGGAGGUACUGAAAGGCAUGCAGGAGCGUGUGGCCGAACCGCCGCUGCAGGUCAAAGAUGCAGUGCUGCUUAACAACAUAGUGCAGAACUUGGAAUGCUGGAACUCGUUGAAGGUUCUGGCGAGUCACAAAAGCCAGAUGGAUCGGUACAGAGAACAGUACACACGCAGCCUCGCUGCUUUGGAGCAGCAGUGCGAUGAACACAGGAAACGCGCCAAAGAGCUGAAGAGUAAAUCUCAACACCUCAACAACGUCCUGAUGACCCUCGCCCCUGUGCCAGCCCCUCCCACCCCCAAGCGCCCACGCCUCACCCGGGCCGUAUCGGGCCCCGCGGCCGUCAACGCCACCCCAGCCCCCACCCAGAUCACCCUGCCCCUCUCCCAGCUAGCGGGCCUACCCCUGGGCAAGGUGCUCACCAUGGCAGGCACCCAGAGCGGCGCCACCCCUCUGGGGAGCUACACGGUGCUGACGUCUCCUGGGGGCACGGCCGAACUAGCGCCCGACGCCUCGAACCUGACGGUGCUGUCCACUGCGGCGUCCGUCCAGGACGGCACCGCCAACUUCGUCAAGGUGCUGGGCCCGCAGUACCAGCUCAUCACGCUGCCCGCCUCGCUGGGCGCCACCCUGCAGGGGCUGACCUGCACUCCGCAGGGCACGGUGGUGGCUCUGCCGGUCGGUAACAACAACUUGACGACCGCGGCGCUGGAGGGGCAGCAGGUGGACAUCCAGAUCGAGGACCAGGCGGAGGAGGAGGUGCCGGGGGGAGAGGUGGAGGAGGCGCCAGUGGAAGAGCAGUGAGGAGAAACGGAGAACCCAGACCCCCCGCCCCCGGCCCUCGUCGACCCCCCCCCCCCCCCCCCCCCCCACAUUUGCUUUCCACAGGGAUAAAGACCUUCAUUAGGUUAGGAGCCUUGCUGUGCCACAGUAUGUUUGGUAAAAAGAAGUGCACUUCUAGCACUGGUUAAGUGCUUAUGCAGCUUUGUUCUUUGAACUGUCAUGUUGUGAUUUUCUAUUCAACUUCGUGAAGAUGACUGCAAGAUAUGUACCACUGUGUGGACAUGACCUGCCACUGAAAGCAAAAAUGUGUGUGUGUGUGUGUGUGAAGAUAUAAAUAUACUGAGCAUUUGUAUUAGCAGUUGUAUGGCAGGAUAGAAUGUGUUCAUUGCAAUGUGAGUUUGAGGUUUUUUCUAAGUUAAUUAUUUUGAUCUGUUGAAAAUGUAUGGAGAUUUUCUCAGGUGUCCAUACUGCUUUAAGGAUUAAUAUUGCAUUAAAAUUACAUGUAAGAAUUCAUAUAAAUUAAAUGUGUAAUGUAGAUUUUUGUUCAAUAUUGAAUACAUUUCACCUAUUGUCUUUUGGCUUAUGUGGAGAUUGACAAAUAUUUUGUACAUUUUGUUAAUAAAUUGUCAUUUGUAAGGUUUCUAAUUUGAUAAUGUUGUAUAGCUUUCAUUGUUUCAAUGUAGAACAUGGUUUAGAAUAAUUGAAUCACUUUUCCACAAGAUGGUGCUGAUAGGCUUUCUGAUUGUCAAGAAAAAGUGACUUUGUAAAAACAAAAGAUUCUACACUAAUUUGAAGGUGCAAAUAUAUUACUCAGGUUUUGUACCCAGAUUCUGGUAAGGUGUGCUUGUCUUUUGCAAAAUGUAUGUUUGUGUGCGUUCGGUUUUCGUUGUGUGUCGCAGCUCUCAUAGCUAGGCUAUAUAAUUUUCUCAGUCAGCGACA